AUGUCCAGCAUCAUUGGGUCUUUCAGAAAAAGGCUCUCAAAGAACUCUGGCGCUCAACCCGACCAAAUCAACACCAAGUCUACCAGCUCGUCGUCAACCAUGCCGGCACCCAAUGCACAGAACCCUUUUCGCGGCGCUGCCAACUUGCGUCGAGCGCAGAUGCCCACGUCCAGUGGCAUACCAAGCAUCAGUGAUGCGCCUCCUCCAGCGUACGACGUUGCCACAUCAAGCCCCCAUGGUCUAGCUCCUCCCGUCAACAACCCUCCUCCACGCAGCUCCUCGCCGACGCCCAGCCAAGCUAGUCGCGCCUCGCGCAUAUCACAUUCCAGCGUCACCAACGACAAUGACCAGUUCGCCUUCCUGACCACCUUUGACACCGUCUUCCUCGUCGACGACUCGUCGUCCAUGACCGGCACGCGCUGGAAGGAGGCACGAAGCGUGCUGUCCAGCAUCGCCGACAUUUGUGCCCAGCGUGACAAGGACGGCAUUGAUCUCUACUUCCUGAACCACAACUCGGGCCGCAAGGGCGGGCCUGGACAGGGCGAUGGCGGCUACUACAACAUCACGUCGGGCCGCAAGGCCGAGCAGAUCUUCAACGAGGUCAGCCCACGGGGUGGCACGCCUACUGGUAUUCGUCUCCGCAAGAUCAUGAAGCCAUACUUGGAUGAGCUGGAAAAGGCCGCCGACGUUGACGACGUCAAGCCCGUCAACAUCAUCGUCAUCACCGACGGUGAGGCACACGAUGAGCCGGGCGAGGUCAUCAAGCAGGUCGCCAGGAAGCUCGACAGGUACGACGCGCCGCCCUACCAGAUGGGCGUGCAGUUCUUCCAGGUGGGCAAUGACCCGCACGCCACAGAGGCGCUGAGGGAGCUGGACGACGACCUUGGCAAGGAGGAGGGCAUCCGUGACAUGGUGGACACGGCGACGUGGUCUGCCGAGGCCGGGGUCCUGACGGCAGAUGGUAUCCUCAAGGUCGUCCUCGGUGCUGUCGUCAAGAGACUAGAUCGACAGUAG